AUGGCUAUACCCGUGGAGGACUGGUAUUAUGAAGUCCCCGUAAUCACUAGAACAUAUUUAACUGCUGCGGUUAUGACGAGUUUAGCAGUGCAAGUUGGACUUGUUAGUCCAUUUCAACUUUAUUUUAAUUAUGGACUGACGUUUUGGAAUUACCAGUAUUGGCGGCUUAUAACCAAUUUCUUAUAUUUUGUACGGUAUAGUCGAAUGUUGGAGGAAGGUUCAUUUCGUGGUAGAACGGCGGAUUAUUUCUGGUUACUAUUCCUUGCUGCUACCGCUCUGUUGCUUUUAUCGAGAUUCGUCAGCCUACACUUUUUGGGCUCCCCAUUAGCAUUCACAUUAGUAUACAUAUGGUCAAGACGUAACCCAUUUAUACGCCUAAAUUUCCUGGGACUAUUUGUGUUUAGUGCACCCUUUCUUCCUUGGGUACUGCUCGGAUUCUCAUUAAUGUUAAAUAAUGUGUUUCCGGUGGGCGAUCUAAUGGGAAUCGCGGUUGGUCAUGUGUAUUAUUUCUUUGAGGAUGUUUGGCCACAUGAACGGGCGAGCGGCGGUCGUCGAUUGUUGAAGACUCCGCAAGUUCGAUUGAUUGAGGGAACUUCUG